CUGAUCUGAUAACCCGAGUCUGCCACACGGGCUGAAACUACUCAUUCACUUGGUUGCUUCCAGGAAACAAACCAAUGCACCAUCAACCAUACAAACCCCGUCAACAUAUCUUCCACAGCCCCACUCAAAACGACACGACCCAAACCUCAUUUCAUCCCCAUGUGCCAUCUUAAUUAAUCAACGGCCAGGAUCUUCCCAAAGUUUGACUUUGACCGACUCAUACCCACUAUAAAUACCUCGACACUAAGACCAUUUUUCCCUUCAAACACUCACCAUGUCUAACAAUCCCAACGAUUGGGUCCAGUUUUACCCAAAGAGCAUCCCUCAUGCCACAACAGCCGUGACAACCACCGCCACCACCACCACCACCACCACCACUUCGAACCAAUUCAGCAGCUCUAGCUCUGGCGGAUUUGGUCCCAACUUGAGCCUAGAAGGCCGCGUGUCCAAGCCCAUUCGGAGACGGUCCCGGGCCUCUAGACGGACCCCAACCACUUUACUCAACACGGACGCUUCGAAUUUCCGGGCCAUGGUGCAGCAAUUCACCGGCGGUUCAACAGCGCCUUUCGGGUCCGCAGUCCAACACCCUGGUGUACAUAACAUCGAUUUUGAGCUCGGCCCACGAAGUCAAGCCCAAGCCCAUGUUAAUGACGCUCCUCCAAAUCCGAUGAUGGCACCUUACCAUAUGCAGUAUCAACUACAACAAUUUCAGCGAAACCAACCGCAAUUUAUGUUCUCCGGCAAUCAGGACGACGUGUUUUAUCAAAGAAUUGGGAAUCCUCAGCCGGAUACGCCGGUUUCCGAGGCAUUUGUGGUGGAGGAGGUUACCUCUGCUGCGGCUGCUACUAGGCCGCCUUAUUAUUCUUCAAAUGAGAACAGAAGCAACACUUUCUUGUAUUGAGAUCUGAGAGGGACGUAAGAGGGAAUAAAGCAAGUCAGUUACGAGAAGUGGUUCGAUUGACAAUCGAUUAGGUUAAACAUAUGUAUGUUCAAAGUUUGAUUUCAAUGUAAAAUAUAUUUCUCGACAUUUUAAAAAAAAAAUUAUGUAAAUUAUGUAAUUCCACAAGCCAAUGUUGGAUGGAUUAGAGAUUUUUUUUUUCCUGUUUUUGGGGUUGACUCACAUUUUGUUGUUGACCUGAGGGGUCAAUUCUUAGAUUGUUUUCAAAAGCCAUGUGUUUUGUUAAUUAAUUGAUUUGGGAAUUUCUUUAGCUA